UGGGACUCGCUACCUUUUCAGAUGCAUCGUUAGCCCGUCGGAUGCGAUUGCUUGGACUUUUCCAGGUGCUGAACUGACAAUUGAUCGAAGUAUCGCCGUUAUCUAUCCUUAUACCGGCCGAAAAAGGGUGUCCUGAAAAGUACUCGCGCCGAACUAUCAUCAGAGAACGAAACUGGAUCACCAUCAGCUGCUCAUCCAUACACAACAAGAUCAACGCUUGCUCAUGUCGCUCGGUCUAGGUCGACCGUCCUCGACCUCGGUCAACCAUUCGCACCUCUCACCCGGUGCGGCAGCUCGCCAGCGGAGUGGCAGGCAUCCCAGAGAGGCCAGUGGAGGGGUCUUCCAAUUGUUCAACCCACAACAGAUCAAACAGUUUAAAGAAGCUUUCUCUUUGAUCGAUGCCGACGGUGAUGGCAAGAUCACUGAGGAGGAUCUGAGAGUUACUAUGGGGAAUCUCGGACAAACCCCUUCGACCUCUCUCUUGCAGACACUUUUGACCCCUCCUUCAGGCUCGGUACCUUCCGGCUCUCAACCGCGAUCCAUCAACUUUGCCCAAUUCCUCACUCUGUUCGGUCAAAAGCUAUUGGAGCUGGACACGGAGCAAGAGAUCUUGGACGCUUUUGCCUGUUUUGACGAGGAUGAUGAUGGGUUGAUUGAUGUUCCCCGUGAUAAAGGCCGGAUGAUGGGUCAGGAAGAAGAGGUAGAUAGGGUCGGUGAACCUGCUGGUCUGAGAGGUUGGCUCAAGGAGUACGGGGACCGAAUGACGGAUAAGGAGAUCGAUCGUCUUCUCGUCGGCCCAUAUUCGGACAAGCAAGAGCGGUUCGACUAUAUCAAAUUCGCCAAAGCUCUCAAGGUGAACGAUGCCGACGACGUUGAGAGGCUCGAGAAAGAGAAGAGCGGAGCAGAUUGAACGAUACACGAGAGCUUGCUUGAUGCGAGCUCAUUCUCGUGUGCGUAGAAAGGCGUUGUAGUCGAUAGCUGUAGCAUACUAUACCCUAUUCUGUAUCAAAACUCACAGACGGAGAUGCAAGACGAUUUGUAGCGG